CCUCAUGCUCGCCUGUGAUUGGUUCGUUGGCCGCCUAAAAGUGGCUAUAAGUCGACCGACUGUAAGAAACGUGUGCCAACGGUGCCAUUAACCGGAGCAAAACCUUUCAUGAACAUCAAGGCUCCCCAAGGAAAAUCUUAAUCGUUAACAGAUGGAGAGCCCGAUCCCUUUUCGUGAGAGACAGUCACAGUUGACAAGUCAGUUUCAUUUCGCCUCGGCGGACCAUCACGAGAAGAACUUGAAGCGCAAGCGAAGAAGGAAAUCCCCAACACAGCAAAUCGCACAACGACAUGCAGCAAACUUACGCGAACGAAAACGAAUGCAAAGCAUAAACGAGGCAUUUGAGGGCCUUCGACAUCACAUCCCCACGCUACCUUACGAGAAAAGACUAUCGAAAGUCGACACUUUACGACUAGCCAUCGGAUACAUUGGUUUUCUUACAGAAAUGAUCAGUUCCGAUAUGAGCCACAGCCAAGCGCUACAACCAACGUCUUCAGAACAACCCAGAAAAGUUAUGAUAUGUCAUCGAGGUUUCGGUACUCAAGAGUACGGUCUGCCGCCAUUAACAGGGCAUUCACUAUCGUGGACAGAUUCGAAGAAACCCAAACUAUCGUCCAGUAUUAUGAAAGCGAAGAUUUGGACCCCUGAAGAUCCGAGAAUACAUAACAAUGCAAUGUAUCCCUCACCUUUGUGAGAAAAGGAAAAUACUGUUAAUUACGCUUUAUGCCAGGGCAGGGAAAAUAUUGAACUUUAAUUGUAUUUUAGCAGAGGUAGAAUUAUUUUUUAAUGACUAGCUUGCGAGAAGGACACUGUAAUAUAUCUGGAUGCACGAACGAAGUUUUAUUAUACAGACAGAUUUUGUGUUUCAUUUGUGGGUUAGUAAAGUGCGUUUUGUUUGCAUUUUUCUCCGAGGGAAAAAUUCCAACUAAACCAAAUCAACUCAAAAAUUCCGUAAAACGUUUUUGUAAAUUUUUCUCUCUCCAAGCAAAACACAUCUAGAAUUUGUAUAUUAAAAAACAUUGAAUUCUACAUUACUUGUGAGAUUUUUAUUGUUGGGAUUUCUAACUGGCAUAAUCUCUUUGAUGAGUAAAUUUAUGAAAAAUAUAAUUCGUCGUGGGGAUAAACUGUACAACCUUUUGUUACAUUUGAAUUUAACAAAAGAGUGAAUGUGGUGGUCUUACUGCGCGGGGGAUUUGAUUUACAUAAACUGCUUGACUUUUCGUAGCUUAGUAUUCUUGGCAAAUUAAAGAUUAAUGAGCUGCGCCUCUGAAAAGAAACUGAAUCAUAUUUGCUUCCUGUCCCCUCCACUUAGGCUCAAACUUCAGGGCGUUUGUCUAAUGUCGUGGAAUAGUGUAACUAACGGGCGUUUGACUUUAUCGUGUGUGUUCCUUGUGUUAUAAAAUACCCUAUCAGAUUUCUAAAGACUCGUGUAGAAUAGUUGAGUAAUCGUGUUUCCCAGGAGGUCUUUUGGACUUUGUAGACCUCACGGCACCAACAGACGAAACACGGAGCCUCAUUUGUCGUGUUUCCUAAGAGAAAACGUGGGUUUAUACCAAUGAGUUUUUGAUCUUAUCGAUCAAGGCUGUCCUCUUUGCACGUGCGGGGCGUGUUUGCCCAUCCAAAGGCUCGACUGUAGAACAUUUGUGUAAUGAAAUAGCUAAGGGGUGCACACCCCCUUAACUGUUGGGCAAUCGAGCGUUAAAGAGCUUUGUUCUAUCUUCCUCACUCACAUAAGCAUUCCAAAGUGGGAUGGGCUGGGGAUGGUACUGGAAGCCCUUGCACGAGACCGACAUUUAGGUAACAGGUAGAUAAAUCCUAUAAACAUUGGCCACGAACCCAAGGUAUGACAUUCUAUAAACAACCUACACUAGACAAACGAUAUUUUAAUCGGUUGGUGUGAAUAUCAACCCCAUGUCUUGAUACGCUUAUUUGCAGGGGCUCCAAACGUGUUGUACUCUUUAUCAGGGGGAUAUAUUUAAAUGAUAUUGGUACACACGUUCACUUGCAAGGAUUAAAGCGAUAAUGGGCAAGGUAAUUGCUUGUGUCGGUUCUGGCCUAUCAAUACAAAAUACCGUCUCCGUUGCUGAGACCAAGAAGCAUAUUCCUUUCGCAGCUGCGGGGAAAGCAUUGUUAAACAGACAAGAGGCAGCUGUGACGAGCCAUUUCCAAGAGCAGCUCCAUUUAAAAGAAAGGAGACAGGUAUUAUGUGUGCACACGUUCGAAGAUUUACACAAUUGGUAGCAACCUGCGAGCUACUGAAUAGCUCUUUUUUUCAUUAAAACACUGGUCGAUAUCUACCCUGUGGAGACGAGACGUGAUUGGUCGAGACACAACACAUGAGUUUUGUAUAGUGCGCCCUGAAUUAACCAGACCCUGAGCCAUGAUCAAUUAUUUGGCCCUUUCAGAGCUUUGUUUCAAUUGUCAACGUCUCCUGGCGCAUUCACCAGACGCAUGCAAUCGAUUCAAGGCCAGAUCUUAAUGGCAGAGGAGACGAGGAAGUGUAUAUCAAACACCAGUUUAGCCAUAGUCUCCUGUCAUAGCCGCCAUUGUCUGCUAGUGCGAGCGUGAGUUUCAAGAGCAGACUCUUCUUCUGAUUUCUAUCCUUUAUUAAAGGUGUUACCCACGCCAUGCAGUGAAUUAGAUUUUUCUUUUGUUUGUAGAGAUUUAAAUAGGAGAAGCAGAUGUUUUUGGGCUUAAAAAUAAAUCAUGAAUGAAUAAUCAAGGAGGUUUCGUUGGCUACAAGUCUCUGGAGGGAGCUGACGGAGAUCCUUCUCGCCAGAGACCCCCACGAUCGUCCAAGAAUCUCCCAUCUUCUUCCAGGAACGAAAAAGCAGCAAAAUACGGAAUAUUUCGUUGAAAAGAGUGUUUGUGAUGUGAAACAUAUUAAUUAACGAUGGAUAGUAGCAGUAUUGUUUUGUUGUGUGUCAACACAUUUGACUGUGACUUGUAAAAGCUUUUAAAAUUUGCAAAAACACAAGUUACCGAGCACGUUGAGCGUUGGUAAUUAUUUUAAUGGGUGAAUCCUCUCAGUUCAUAAGUGAAUCAAGUCAAAACAAGCUUCCUCUUAGAAAUGACAUUAUUGGGGUCGGCUUAAUCUUAUCGGAGCGAGCGUCCUAAGGAGCAAAAAAACCACUAGAGGCACAAAAAUGCCGCAAAUUUAUGCAAAAAAAGAGUUUUUUUUCAUGUUUUAUUCAUAUUGAGCUCUUGGCGGGAACGUCAAUACCCCGAGAAGUAUUCUUGCCCAUUAAUAAGAGUUUUCUUUCGAUAUCAAAAUUAAACACAGCGUAGAAAAGCGGUGUUUUAGGUAAAAUUUUUCUGGCGUUCUAAGCGAAAGUUCUGCGCAUGCGUUAUUAUUGAAAAGAAAACGUUCGGAGUCACCUACAACUGUUAUUGACAAUUAUAUGAGCGUUAUGCUAGUGACAAAUAAUCGCUUUCUCCAGGUGUGUUUGCUGUUAAUCGUGUUUUUAACCAUGUUCCCUCGCUUCUAAUUCAGCUAUCUUCUUGUAACAGGUAAAAAAGAAAAUUGCAGCGAUCAUUCUCGGUAAAAUAUGAAUAUUUAAUUAACUGUGAUUCUCCAGACAUGGUGAUACCACGAACACUCGAAGGGUCUGUUUGGUGUGAAAGUUGUCGAAAUGUAACUUACAAGAGUAAUUCUAUGGGCGUUGGAAAGCGAAUAGGUGAUGUGAAUAUCUUAACAAACUAUUUUGGUCAGGGUCCAUUCGUGAUCUGCUCUAAAAUUUGAAUUAAAGCCUCGAAUUUGCCAUUCGUUCAUUCGAAGCACAGACAACUUACAGGAAAUCUUAAGAAUUAUGCAAGAUAUCCACGUCUUUUGUAGUUCUAAGAAAGGCAAACCCCUUCCUAAAGCUGACCCCAAUGGGGUUCUUAGCAAGGCGGAAUUUCGCUCGUUUUCGCAUAAAAAUAACCCAGAGUUUUUCAUAAAAGUAAUCUUUGCUUGUGUUUGUAAAUGUUUCUCUUCAACUUGCAACAUUGAAAGGAUUUUUCUAGCGAAUGUCGGAAGAAUAUGGAAGAAAAAUACAGUUAAUGUAAUGUGAGGGUUCUUACAAUUUUCAAAAGUCAAUCUCCUUCACUGCGCGGAUCAUGACAGCACUUUGGCCACGUGCUUUAAAUUGAAGUUAUCAAAAAGCUGUUGUUUUGAAUGCUAAAAUGCAUACCACUUAUUUCAUUAUUCCUAAUUCAGAGGCAAAGGUGACUUUUAUUCUCCAAUCUCUGAUUUUUAUCAAUAAGAUUUCUCUCGAAGAAUCGAUCUUUUGUUGAGCCACAACAGAAAAGCCUGCCAAGUCAAUUAUAGACCAGAACUCUCGAGAUGUUAGAAAUUCGUGUUAGAUCAUUUUAAGCCAUUUUUACUGGCAACUUCAGCGUCAAUUUAUCAUCUAGAAACGCUUUAUAUUUUAAGCUUUUCAAAGUUCUGACAAAAUUCACUUAAACAGCUCCUUAACUAAUAUUGUAUAUUGUAUAGAUACCUAAGUGUUACUUAACAUCUCGGCACAAAACAAAGCUAUAUUAAAGAAAUCAGGUUUCCUGUAGCGACGAUAUAUAAGUGGAUUUCUUCCCCGGACGUAUUUUACUCCAAAAAAUCAUUAAAACUCUAUGCAAAAUCAUUUUUAAAUAACCCUACGUUACUAUGAGGACAUUAAACUCUCAGAUAAGAUCCGCCAAAAAGCUGACUUCAUUUAUAAGAAACAAAAGAAAGUACCGCAGUAGAUAAUAUUUCUGGCUCAAUUAAAGAAAGAAAAAAGUCUUUACAAAGCUUGGUUUAAUUUAUGGCACCUUUUCUUUGCCGAGAAGAUCAAUAGUGGAUAUUGGUGCUAUUUUGAAAGACAACUUAUUUUAACAUUUCUUACAGACAAUAUAAUUUUCGUGGUUCGAGCUUGACAGAUUGAAGUCCACGGUUAAAAUUUGUUAUGGCGAAAAACCGUAAUUUUAUGAAAAUGGAAAAAUGAUAACUCAACUUAUGAUGGCAGUAAUAAGUUGGUUUAAUUACUGGGAAAACAGCACUCGCCUGUGUUAUAAUUAAGUUUAUACUUCAAGGAAAAAGUAUCACUUUGGACAAAUAACAAGUUUUAUGAUAUCCAAAUAGGGCGAACGGAAGGAAGAAAAGGAUAUUGAGACACACCAAAGUAUUUUUCUUUUCAGUUUCUUUUUUUUUUAUUUUGCGCCAUGUAACUCUCAAAGUUGUGAAAGCUUUUGCGACUAAAUACAUUUUCAAUUACGAGCGCCUGAAAGAAAGAUACGCACAAAACAGAAAACCAACUCAAAGAUAAAUGUAUCUUUCAUGUCCGGUAACAAAUUUGGAGCCUUCUAUUGAAAUGGCUUUCGUCUUCUUUUCUUUUCUUUUCUGAGUUAACAUCUAGGCCAUUUCUCUCAGUUUGGUUUGUGUUUUACUUCGGUAGAAAUUUUACAUUUAAGAGAGGAUACAAUUUAGAGCGAUACAUCGCGUCUUGCGUUCCUUUUGUUAGCUCUUGUUAGAAGGCCCAAACAAAUACACGAAAUAUGUUAAUGAGAUUUUAAAUGCGCCAUACAUAAUAGAGACACGAUCCCAUCCAUUAUUAACUCCAAUUAAUGCAUUCUUCACUAAUAAUUGUUUGUUUAGUUUUUCCUACAGCUGCCUGAAAACACUUCGUACCGUGGGAAUAGCACAUAUGGCUGAGAUAAUUCUUCUCACAAAACAGAAUAGCAGCAAUUUUAAUUUCUCUUCGCCGUGAAAUUUUAAUUCAAAACAUCGCAAAAUUAACUUCGCACAGGCCUCGUCAAAUCUGUGUGUAUUUUCUCAAGAACUGAAUCUUUCAAGCUAAGACUCAACUGAAUGAAAGAGUGAGUUAAAGUUUACCUAAACAAAUCCAUUGUUUUUUAACGCGAGAAAUGUUAACGCGCACAGCGCUAGCAUUGAAGCGAUUGAAAAGUUAUAAUGGCGACCAUAUUUUUGUUGCUUAAUUUUACCGAAGCUUUCGAUAGUUUCGCGCAAACGGUGGACAGGGAAAUAGCAAAUAUAUGUGAAAAAGAAAAUCCAAGGAGUUUUAGAAUUUUUUGUUCUCGCGAGUUAGACAGUUCGAAAGAAAAUAAGUUUCUGGUGGUCUAAUUUCUGAUUUUUAAUGUCAUGUGCACUCAAUAUCAGAUUAACAAAAGUAUUGUUUUAUAAUUAACUAAAAAAAAAAAUGCGCAAGUUGUGCUUUUUCUAGCAAGCCCUCUCGGUUUUCUAACCAUAAUUUUGGCAAAUAUUUAAGCCUGAAUUUCUUACUGAUCUUAAACUUUCUUUUAAUGAAAUUGUUUUACCAUGUUUGCAUCUCUGUUGGACAUUUCAAAAAAUCAACAGAAAAUUUGUAUAGUAAUUAAUCUUCUUGAUGCUUCCACAGUGAAAACCGCAGAUUAGUGAUCUCACUUAUUUGCAUUUUGGUGAUUAAAACUUAGUCGUAACUGGAAAGAAUCUUCAGAUCCUCAAAGAUAAAUGACAAUAUGGCUGAUUAUUUAGCUCACUUCCUAUCCUGCCGAAAGCUGUUGUUAAUGGCACAGAAAUAAAAAAUUAAUGAGUUCUUAAAGAGAUGAC